ACAAAAUGAUGUCCCUUGCAGCAACGUGGAUGCAGCUGGAGACCAUUAUCCUAAGAAAACCAACACAGAAUCAGAAAACCACAUGUUCUUGCUUUUAAGUGGGAGUUAAACCUUGGGUACACAUGGACCUAAAGAUGGGAACUGUAGACACUGGAGGCUAUGAUAAAAGGAAGGGAGUGGACAAGGGUUGAAGUUGGGUGGGACAUGAAGGUGGAAGUUGGUAAGCUGGAACUCAUGUUCCAGAAAGCUGAGUCUGAUCUGGAUUACAUUCAGUACCGGCUGGAAUAUGAAAUCAAGUCUAAUCAUCCUGAUUCAGCUGGCGAGAAAAAUCCAGUUACAGUCUUAAAGGAAUUGUCAGCGAUAAAGUCUCGAUAUCAAAGUUUAUGUGCACGCUUUAAACCAGUUGCUGUUGGGCAGAAAGAGUCUAAGAGCUGCAUUUGUGCUGCUGUGAAUAAGGCUAUGAAUGUGAUACAAAACCUUCAAAAGCAAACAGACCCGGAGCUGUCACCAUUGACGGAAGAAGAGAAAACUGCGCAGAGCAAUUAAAAUCUCACAUGCCAGAUUUAUGAAGAAAUGGACUUAGAAAGGAAACUCUAACAGAGAAGAGCUCAAUUCCAGAUAAACUUAGGAAGAUGUCUCGUUAAAACUUGAUGCCUAGAGGUUGGAGGCUGGUGAAGAAGGUUUGGCAUCAUUCACUGGAUAAUGAUCCCUUUCAUGAGAGAGAUUGUAAGAAGAAGGGCAGAUAAUAUAUGAAUAAAAUUCAACCAAAAGAGUAAAAAAAAAAGAGAAAAAAGAAAAACUGUUGGUACUGUGCUUACUACCUGGGUGUUGGGACCAUUUGUAUCCCAAACCUCAGUAUCAUAAAGUAUACCCAUGUAACAAACCUUCAUCUGUAGUCUCUGAAUCUAAAAAGUGGAAAUUUUUUUUCUUUCUUUUUUUUUUAUUG